AGCGCGGCCGCCACUGGCUCCACGCUCCGCUGGCCGCGCGCAGUGGGAGGGAGGAGGCGGCCAGUUUCUUGUUUGACCCGAACGUUGUUGUCCCCUUGGAGUGUAACUGUGAGACGAGGCUGAGGGGCUCCGCGGGGACAUGAGCCGCAGGUGAGACCCGCCCGCCCUCAGCCUGGCCACCUCCAGCCCUGGCGCUGCCGCGGCUGGCCCAUCCGUCCGCAAGGUCCUGCCUGUGCUCACCUGCCCUCUCUCCCAGGUUCCCUUGACCCCUCGCCUGUCCUUCAGCUGCCACGAUGAGAUACGCGCCGGAGUUCAAGAAGUCCCCGGCGCACCUCCUGAAGAAGUUUGCAGUGUGCGACAUUCCUCUAUAUGACAUAUGUGACUACAAUGUCACCAGAAAUCGGUGCAAGGAGCUCGGGUGCUGCUUUUAUAAAGGCGUCUGCUAUGAGAAGGCCGUUCCAGCGUACGUGCAGGUGUUUUCUGCCUUGAUCGUCAUCAUCGCGGGGGCCUUCGUGAUCACCAUCAUUUACAAAGUUGUUCAAGAGAGGAGAGAAAAGGACGUCCCCACAGAAGUGCCUUUGCCGUCCGAGGCGAGUGACAAAGCUGAGGCGGUCCCCCGCGCCGGGGAGCCGAAGCCUGCGAGCGCCCAGCCAUCGCACAAGAGCGCCAAGAGCGCCGAGGCCGAGACCGAGGGCGAGCAAGUGGCACUGCUUGUCACUGAUACUGGCAUCAAGACCGCUUACAGCACUGACCCGAAGCCACAUCACUCAGACGUGCAGGAGAUUCAGGACUUGCCCAGCAGUAACUGCACUGAUGAGAGGAGCCGCAUCAACUUCUGA